UUGUUUACUCACCACUCUGGAGUCCACUUCAAUUCUUGACUCGAGCUUUUCACCAUGGCCGCAUCACACGCACUCAUUUACGGGGGAGCAGGCGCCCUCGGACGAUCCAUCGUAGGCCAAUUCCGCAAAGCUCAAUGGACAGUCACCUCCAUUGACUUUACACCCAACACCGAAGCAACACACAACAUUGUCCUCGAACUGUCGGCCGCAUCCGAUUUGGAUAAGACGGGUCGCGAUGUGGAAUUGAAGGUGGGGGAUGUUGUCAAGGAACAAAAUUUUGGAGCGGUUGUGAAUGCAGCUGGCGGAUGGGCAGGAGGUGCCUUGACGGAUGAGGGACUGUACAAAAAUGUUACUUUGAUGACGGCGCAGAGUGUUCAUACAUCGGUAAUUGCGGCGAGAGUAGCUGCUCUACAUCUUCAAGAGGGUGGGCUGUUGACAUUAAUCGGGGCGAGUGCAGCGACGAAGGGAACCCCAGGAAUGGUCGCAUACGGUCUUGCCAAAGCCGCCGUACACCAACUGGUUCAAUCUGCUGCGGGCCCUGGAAGCGGAUUGCCUACCGGUGCCAAAGCGACUGCUAUUUUACCCAUCACCUUAGAUACACCUAUGAACCGCAAGUUUAUGCCUGAUGCUGAUUACUCGACCUGGACUCCGCUUGAGACGGUUGCCGAAAAAAUUGUGGACUGGGCUACAGGCAAGGAUGCUGCUGAAAACGGAGGACUGUACAAAGUCGUAACCAAGAGUGGAAAGACAGAAUUUGUGAUUGUGUAAGAGGCUGUUGUUUUGUUUCCAGGGAUUAUGCAUGAUGGCAUUAUUCAGCAUUGUUGUAUUACAUGGCAUACAAAACUGCUACAUUUCAUAAUUGCUAGCUAUGUACUGCUUUAAUAUUCUUUUUUCACCACGAAGAAGCCAAUACUAUCCCUGUUGACUCCCACAA